AUGUCAUCACUCGCCCCAACCCUGAAAGAUCCCUCCCUCCUCGUCGAAGGACGAGCCUUCAUCAACGGUAAAUGGCCUAUCUUCGCUUCAUCACAGACCUUUCCCGUUUACAACCCCGCGACAAACACCAUCAUCGGCCCAGCACCUGAAUGCACCGUCGACGACGUCAACAGCGCCAUCUCCGCAGCAUCAGAGGCCUUUCCCCUAUGGCGCGCUCAAUCAGGCCGUCAGCGCGCAAAGAUAAUUCGCAAAAUCGCAGAGCUACUUGCAGAGCACAAAGCCGACAUUGCAAAGAUCAUCACUGCGGAGAAUGGAAAGGCCAAAACUGAUGCUGAGGGCGAGGUGAUGUUCUCGGCGGGGUUCUUUGAGUGGUUCGCGGAAGAGGCGCCGAGGCUGUAUGGUGAUGUGGUGCCGCACUCGCAGCCGAAUGCGAGGAUUCAGGUUAUCAAGCAACCCGUUGGCGUUUGUGGUUUGAUCACGCCGUGGAAUUUCCCUUUGGCGAUGGCUGCGAGGAAAGUCGCUGCUGCGCUUGCGGCUGGGUGUGCUGUUGUGCUCAAGACGGAUGGCGUGACGCCUUUUUCGGGGAAUGUUCUUGGUGUCCUUGCUGAGCGCGCUGGUCUGCCGAAGGGGGUUCUCAAUAUCGUUACUGCUCUGGAUAACACACCGAAACUAGGUGUUGCGCUGUGCGAGUCUGACGUCGUCAAGAAGAUCUCCUUCACGGGCUCGACCCGGGUGGGCAAGAUCCUGAUGAAGCAAUCAGCCGAUACUCUCAAGAAGCUAUCUCUUGAGCUUGGAGGUAACGCACCGUUCAUCGUAUUUGACGAUGCCGACAUCGAGACCGCAGUGUCCAGCGCCAUCAUUGCCAAGUUCAAAGUCACCGGUCAAACAUGCGUUUGCGCCAACAGGAUCUACGUCCAAGAAGGAAUCUAUGACCAAUUCUCCAAGCGCCUAGUCGAGGAAGUCGGCAAGUUCAAAGUCGGUAACGGUGCCGAUGCCUCAGUGACACACGGCCCCAUGACGACGAGUGUAGACAAAGUCGAGGAGCAUGUCAAAGAUGCCCUUAACAAGAAAGCCACGCUUCUUGUCGGCGGCCAGCGACUACCCGAUCUCGGAAAGAACUACUUCCAGCCGACAGUUCUGGGUGAUGUUGACGAUACGAUGGCUGUUACAUUCGAAGAGACAUUCGGACCUCUUGCGGCGUUGACAAAGUUCAAGACAGAAGACGAAGUUAUCGCGCGAGCAAACAAGUCCGAUGUCGGAUUGGCUUCUUACAUCAUGACAAACAACCUAGCGAGAUCGCACCGCGUACAGGAGAGAUUGGAGUUUGGCAUGGUGGCCAUCAACACAGGUGUCAUCUCAGAUUGGGCUGCUCCAUUUGGGGGUGUCAAACACUCUGGUAUGGGGCGAGAGGGUAGCAGAUAUGGUGUUGAUGACUACAUGGUUCUCAAGACUAUUGUCACUGGUGGCAUCAAUACCGUGUACAACCCAAGGCUGUGA